AUGAAGUCCGUCAGCGUUGCCGCUCUUGCCGGCGCCCUCUUCGCCAGCUCCGCCCUUGCCGAUGUGCCCCCCAUCGAGAUCAAGGGCUCCAAAUUCUUCUAUUCGAACAAUGGCACGCAGUUCUUCAUGCGCGGCAUUGCUUACCAGCCCGAAUACAACGCCGACGCGGCAUCCGCCAGUGACACACCUAAUGACAGGUACAUCGAUCCGUUGGCAGACCCGGAUACGUGCAAGCGCGAUCUCGAGUACCUUGUCGAACUGAGGACCAACACGGUCCGCAUCUAUGCCAUCAACCCUGAGCUCGACCACGAUGAGUGCAUGACCGCCUUCCAGGAUGCCGGCAUCUACGUGGUUGCCGACCUGUCUUCACCCGGCCGGUCGAUCAAGUCGGACGAUCCUACCUGGGAUGAUGACCUCUAUGACCGAUACACCUCGGUCAUUGACGCCCUCGCUCCCUACAACAACACCAUUGGCUUCUUUGCCGGAAACGAGGUUUCGCACAGGGCCAACAACACGGAUGCCUCUGCCUUUGUGAAGGCCGCCGUGCGUGACAGCAAGGCCUACAUCAAGGAGAAGGGAUACCGUGCGAUUGGCGUCGGCUACGCGACUAAUGACGACGCUGAUAUUCGCGAGCCUAUGGAGGAUUUCUUCAACUGCGGCGACAACGAGGAUUCGGUUGACUUCUGGGGCUACAACAUCUACUCCUGGUGCGGCGAUUCGUCCUUCUCCAGGUCAGGUUACGACAAGCAGACCGAGAAGUUUGCCGACUACCCUGUUCCGGUCUUCUUCGCUGAGUACGGAUGCAACGAGGUUCAGCCCCGCAAGUUCGGCGACACGCCCGUGCUGUACGGUGACGACAUGAACGACGUGUGGUCUGGUGGUAUCGUGUACAUGUUCCACCAGGAGGCCAACGACUACGGCCUUGUGUCCAUCGACGGCGACAAGGUGUCGAAGCUGCCCGACUUCAGCAACUACAAGAGCCAGAUCGCCAAGGCCACCCCUACUGGCGUUAACCGCGAUGAUUACACGCCCACCAACACCCGUGCCCGCGACUGCCCGGCUAUCAACACCGCUUGGGAGGCCACUGCCAGCCCUCUGCCUCCUACCCCCAACACUGAGCUGUGCAGGUGCAUGUACAACUCCCUCUCCUGCGUCGUCGCUGAGGACGUUGAGGUCAAGUCGUAUGGCGAGCUCUUCGGCACCGUUUGCGGCUCGUCGGAGGAGGCGUGCGCGGGCAUUGCUGCCAACGCAACCACUGGCGAGUACGGCGCGUACAGCAUGUGCAACAGCACUGAGAAGCUCGCCUUCGUGCUCGACCGCUACUACCAGCUGCAGGACCAGUCCGAGUCGGCCUGCGCCUUCUCUGGAUCGGCCACGCUCAAGAGCAGCGUCGAGCCCACCGGCCAGUGCAGCUCGCUCAUGGCUCAGGCCGGCACUGCGGGCACCGCUACCGUCACCAGCAACCCUACCGGCGGCGCUGCUGCGUCGUCCAGCCAGGGCGCUGCGCCUGGCGGUGCGCAGGCUCCGGCUAUGUUCGGCGUUGCAAUGGGCGCGGGCGUCUACUUCGCUGCUGCUUUGUUGACCGGCGCUGUCGCACCUUCGCCUGCCGAAGUUCUGCCCGACCAGUCCAGCGACAAGGACAGCUGCGCUGACGGCUGCUGCUCGGGAAAGGAUGCGGAGCGCCUCGAGACCGAAAAGAAAUACGGCUGCGCGGAUGGAUGCUGCUCGUCCGCUACCCCCAUCGAAGCUCCUGCGCGCCAGGAGCCCAAGGUUCUCGGCGGCGGCUGUGCUGAUGCAUGCUGCUCUGGCGAGGAGGCCACUACUCAGCUCGAAGAUGACUGCGCGGACGCGUGUUGUGCACCCUCCCCGCCUCCCGGUCCACCUACCACUGAAGAUGGUUGUCAGCGUGGUUGCUGCUCCAACGCUGCUGACGCUGUGCCACCUCCCGUUGCCAAUGAACCCGCCAAGGUUGAGACGACCUGUUCGCGCAGUGCUUGCUGCGAAGGCACGGCGCCCGGCAGUAAAGGCAAGAAGGUGCAAUGCUGCGAUGAUGGCUGCUUGGACGAGCUUGCACUCCGUGAAUGCGACGACGAGAAAUGUUCGCAGGCUGGAAGCUCCGCUUGUGACUACCACAAGAAGAAGACGCGCCGUCAGUACCUCGCUUCUUUGGAGGCUCUCGGCUGCAUCUGCCGCGCUCUGCUUGCCCGUAACCUCGAGUCUUGCUGCAACCAGACAGCCACUCUGAGGCGGAGGCGCGCUGGACGUCCAUCGACUUCUUCUUCCAGCCAGAAAAGAGAAUCAUCCGGGUGCCGUUCUGGGACCUCAAAGCCGCGCAAGGCGAGCCGCAGCCCCCGCAGGAAGGACAAUGCCUGUGAGGAUUCUUGCUGUGCUGCAAAGCCUCUCAGCAUUAAGGGCGUUUCCUCAGGGUGCCAGGAUGACUGUUGUGCCAUCAAGCCUCCCAGCGUCAAGAGAGUUGCCUCGUGCCAGGACGACUGUUGCACCAAGAAGCCUCCUAGCAUCAAAAGCGUCGCCUCGUGCCAGGAUCCUUGCUGUGGCAAGAAGCCCGGCUCUGUCGUCAAUGUCAACAUUGACCAUAUCGAUGUCGAGCGAGGAGACGCAGAGAACGAGCAUGUCAUUCUUACCGUACACGGAAUGACCUGCACUGGAUGCGAAACAAAGUUGAUGCGCUCUUUGGCCGUUAUUCCAGGCGUUUCACGGCCGCAAACUAGUCUUCUUCUCUCGCGGGCUGAGUUUAACCUUGACAGUAGGGUACUCUCGGCGGACCAGGUCCAGGCUCGUCUCGAGAAAGAGACAGGCUUCAAUUUUGACAAAGUUGCCAAGGACGAUGAGGAACUUGAAGUUAUCGAAGUACUUACAGGCGGCGACGCCAAGGCCUUUAUUGCUCGGGAAAUGCCAGUCGGAGUUGUCAGCACAUCAGUUGUGGACAAGGAGAUUGUCUCGCUGCAGUACGAUCCCAAGGUAAUCGGGGCUCGUGAUCUGAUCAACCAUUCUUUCAGCGCUCCUCUCCAGCUGGCCCCAUUGCGGCCUCCUCCGGCUAUCUCUUCAGGCCGCAAACACGUCUGGAAUGUCGGUCUCAUGACUUUGAUUUCAGCUUUGCUUACAAUCCCAGUUUUGAUCAUGUCAUGGGCUCCGCUUCCAGAACAUGAGAUUGCCUACGGUAGCGCCUCUUUGGCCCUUGCCACGAUCAUCCAGGUCUUCAUUGCCGGUCCAUUCUAUUCCAGUGCUCUUCGCAGCCUCAUCUUCUCUCGCGUUAUCGAAAUGGACUUACUCAUCGUACUCAGCACGACCGCCGCCUACGUCUUCUCCAUCAUAGCUUUUGCAUACCUCGUGGUUGGGUCGCCCCUCUCGACCGGGGAGUUUUUCGAGACUAGUACUCUGCUCGUCACUCUCAUCAUGGUUGGCCGCUUCCUCGGCGCCCUUGCUCGUCAGAAGGCUGUCGAGAGUGUUUCCGUCUUAUCCCUUCAGCCUGCCACGGCCCUUUUGUCAUCGAAAGACAGUAAGACCCAGGAUGAGAUCGACGCCCGUUUGCUCCAGUUCGGCGACAUCUUCAAGGUUGUUCCGGACACCCGAAUCCCUACUGAUGGCACAGUCAUCUCUGGCAGUUCGGAAGUUGACGAGUCAAUGAUCACCGGCGAAUCUCGGCCUGUCACCAAGGAGGUCGGCACACCUGUUAUUGGAGGCUCGAUCAACGGAUCUGGCACUCUGUUGGUCAGGGUCAGCCGGCUGCCAGGCUCAAACACAGUCGCGAAGAUCGCCGCCAUGGUGGAUGAGGCAAAAAUGUCCAAGCCAAAGAUUCAAGACCUUGCUGAUAAGGUGGCUGGGUGGUUUGUCCCUGUCGUCGUGGCCAUCACUAUCAUCACUUUCGUGGUGUGGGUUGGAGUAGGCGUGGGGAAGCAGGGCAUGGGAGGCUCCGAGGCUGCCGUGCAGGCCAUCACAUACGCCAUCGCAACCCUGAUCGUCUCGUGCCCUUGUGCUAUUGGCUUGGCUGUGCCUAUGGUCGUCGUCAUGGCCAGCGGUAUUGCAGCUGAGAACGGCGUCGUGGUCAAGAGCGCAGAGACGCUGGAGAUUGCGAAGAAGACUUCUCACGUAGUCCUGGAUAAGACAGGCACAUUGACACAGGGCAAGCUCAGUGUGACGAAGGAGGUUUACCCGGAGCAGUCUUCAGACCCGACACUCAGUCUCCUCCUUGGGCUUGUCAGAGGGAGCAAGCACCCCGUCUCUAUUGCUGUCGCCUCACACCUGGAGUCAAAGGGUAUUGACGGGGCGUCUGUCAAUGAUAUCCAAUCUCACCCCGGCAAAGGCAUCGAAGCAACAACCACCGCCAGCGACGGCCACACUCCCCUCAACAUCCGCGCCGGGAACUCGCGCUGGCUGGGCGUAGAGUCGCACCCGGCCGUAUCACCACUCCUCUCUUCCGGCUUCACCGUCUUCUGCUUCGCCAUCAACGACACGCUCCACGCCGCCUUCGGCCUCCACGACACCCUCCGCCCGGACGCCAAGCCAGUCAUCGACCGCCUGCUCGCCUCCAACAUCGCCGUCUCCAUCGUCAGCGGCGACGACGACGCCGCCGUCCAGGCCGUCGCGGCCGACCUCGGCAUCCCGCCCGCGAACGUCCGCUCCCGCGCCAGCCCCGCGGACAAGCAGAAAUACGUCAAGGACCUCCUCCUGAUCGGCCCGGACAACACACCCCUCCCCACCGUCAUCUUUGUCGGCGACGGCACCAACGACAGCGUUGCCCUCGCCCAGGCCUCGAUCGGCGUCCACGUCGGCGGCGGAGGUCGUGAGGGCGGAACGGACGUCGCUGCCGCGGCUGCUGACGUCGUGCUCACGGCUGGCUCGCUGCGUGGCUUGCUGACGCUGCUGGCUAUCUCGCGUGCGACGUUCAGGCGCAUCGUCAUGAAUUUCGGCUGGAGCUUCGUCUAUAACGUCUUUGCGAUCCUGCUGGCUGCUGGCGCUUUCCCUGACGGAGCGAGGAUUCCGCCUGAGUUUGCAGGGCUGGGUGAGGUCGUGAGUGUGGUGCCUGUCGUGCUGGUUGCGGUGCAGUUGAGGUUUGUGAAGAAGUGGGCCUAA